GUCUCCUAUUUUCUUGUGGUAGAACAAGAAUCUGACUGGUAACAGCCUGUGAGGCUCAGCUGGGAGAUGCUGGGGAGACUGUGUCUAGGUAUUGCAGACUGAUCAUCAGGAAGGGGGCAAGCCUAGUUCACUUGUUUCCCCCAAAGUUUUUAGAGAUUAAGUAUUUCCUGGAUGAUUCUUUGUGAGGAGUGGAGGAAAUUUUCUGGAUAAUUAUUAGAAGUUUCUGAGACUUGGAACACUUUAGAGAGUCAAACCAAAGAUGCGUGGAUUUGUCCAAGGUCUUUGCACGUUAGAGUAGUAAGCCCCACCCCUCAGUUCCUCCAGCAGGCAGUUUGAUAUAUUUGGCUGUGUUGGCGCACAUCUCUAAUCCCAACACUUGAGAGGCAGAGGCAGGAGGAUUCAAGACCAGCUUCAGAGACAUAGCUAAUUUGAGGUCAGCCUAAUACAUGGAACUGUCUCAAAAAUAUUAAAUACAAAGAUUUGGUGGACAGUUGUUUCGGUAAAUCUCCAACCCAAAUAUGCCCUGGCAAUGUUGGAUGCUCAAUUAAUAUGAAUACAUGGUAUGUGCCUAGAUUGGGCAGAUCUACUGCUACACUACCAUCUUCUCCAUCUAUGAGACCCCUUAGAACUUGCAGUUUCUCCAGGUCAUGUGCUUCUGCUCUGCUUUUUCUUCUUCCUCCUCUGCAUCCUCUCCCUCUCCCAUUUUCUCCUUCUCUCCCUCAACCUUCCACUCCACUUUCCCUUUAUCUGCCCAAUCAUCAGCUCUCCUUUAUUUUAUAAAUUAAGGUGGGAAGCAGGUUUAUAGGAAAUCACCUGAGUGCUGACUCAUUCCUAGUUCACAAGCACUCACAGGAGAAUGGAAUUAACAUCAAAUAUAAUUAGCCCCAGGGCUAUCUGCAACACAGGGCCUCCUGUACCCUAGGAUGGUUGUGACCUUCACUUAUUUAUUUAUUUAUUGCCUCUGCCUCCCAAGUAUUGGGAUUAUACGUGUACAAUACCAUGCAUGGUUUUACUUUGAAGUGUUAUAAAUAAUUAAAGCUGAACUAUACUUGUCAAAAUUAGUUCAAAAAUGUAUUUUAGGAUUUUAUAACUUUGUCCUGACACUUUGUGUUUAUUAACUUGCUUGUUAAUUCCAGAGUGGGUUAACUUGAGGCACCUCUGUGCCAUUCUACUCAGUCCUGGUAUUUAACCUGAAAGCUUCCAGAGAGGUGCCACCUAGUGAUCCUUAGUGUCUCAAAUUGUUCAACAGCAAUCUCUUUUGGAGCAGAAGGGAAGGUGAACUGCCUGGGGCUGAUAUUGCCUCAUCCCCAAUCUGUGGAGAAGAACAAACUGUAGACUAGAUGGAGUGGAACAUCACAGCUAGGAGCUCCUGGGUGUGGGUGACAGUUGAGUGCCCACAGUAAGUUAGAUGAGACCCUUUGUUAGGCAGGUGCAGUGCUUUCUCGUGAGGAUGUUGGAUGCUCUGUAUGUACUCAUGAGCACGCCAGCAAGUUGCUCAGUCACUGCUAAGUGUUUGCUGUGGUGUGGAAGAAAGAGGAGGCUCCUCUGCAGGAAGAGCUGUGAGUCCUGGCUGCUUCUGUUCUUGGCAGAGACACUCACAGGUGGAGAAUCUGAUUUGGGAAGGCUGUUUGCAGGAAAAGAGCAACACACAGUGCCCGAGAGCGCAAGCUUGGAGUACCAGGACCCAGGAUCGGUGCCCCGCUUUACUAACCACUUGUUCUAGAUUCCUGUGGCUGCUGUGGCAGCCGAGAUCUAUUUCCUCAGAAGAAAUGGCUGCUACUAGCCUGAAACCAGGUGUUGGCAUUGCUGUGCUUUUGGAGGCUUAGGGCAGAUCCUGACCCUUGCUUCUUUCUGUUCCUGAUUGCCACCAGCGUUUCUUGGCUACAGGCCACAGCACUCUAAAUCUUCACAGGCAUCUUUGAAUCUAUGCUUUGCUUUGUCUUCAUUGUCACCAUCUUCCUAGACUUCCUCAAUUCUUGCUCUGCCGCUUUCUUUUUCUUCUCUUUUAGAAGAAAGUAAUUUAUUGAGUGUACCACAAGAAUGAAGCAGGCCCGGCAGGAACAGAAGAAGCACCUGCCUGAGACAGUAGGCUGGGGAGCGCCCAGAGGUCCUGGUUAUGGCUCCUCAGCACCUGCCUUCAACUAGGAUGGCCUCUCCAGGAAUGCUGCUGGGGCUGCUGUUGACUUCCUGUUUAACUCUCUGCCUCAGCUGUCAGAACUCAAAUAAUUUUGCACUCACCAACCCAGAGAAGAGCAUCCACCAGGAAUCAGAUACAAAGGAGACCAGGGAAGAGGAGGAGCUAGACACCGAGAUCCUGGAGGUGUUCCACCCAACUCAAGAGUGGCAGACCCUUCAACCAGGUCAGGCUGUUCCUGCAGGAUCCCAUGUGCGAAUGAACCUACAGACUGGAGUAAACGAGGUGAAGCUCCAACAAGAAGACAAAUUUCAAAAUAAUCUGAAAGGAUUUAAAAGAGGCAGAAGGCUGGACAUCAACGCCAACACAUACACAUCUCAGGACCUCAAGAGUGCGCUGGCCAAAUUCAAGGAGGGGACCGAGAUGGAGAAUUCAAAGGAUGAACUGGCGAGACAGGCCACAGUCAAGCAGCUCUUCCGCCCCAUUGAGGAGCUGAAGAAGGAAUUUGAUGAGCUGAACGUUGUUCUUGAGACUGACAUGCAGAUUAUGGUUCGGCUGAUAAACAAGUUCAACAGCUCCAGCUCCAGCCUAGAAGAGAAGGUUGCUGCGCUCUUUGAUCUUGAGUACUAUGUCCAUCAGAUGGAUAACGCACAGGACCUGCUGUCCUUUGGUGGCCUUCAAGUGGUGAUUAAUGGGCUCAACAGCACAGAACCCCUGGUGAAGGAGUAUGCUGCUUUUGUGCUGGGGGCCGCCUUUUCCAGCAAUCCGAAGGUCCAGGUGGAAGCCAUCGAAGGGGGAGCCCUGCAGAAGCUGCUGGUCAUCCUGGCCACAAACCAGCCUCUCCCCGCCAAGAAGAAGGUCCUGUUUGCACUGUGCUCCCUGCUGCGCCACUUCCCCUAUGCCCAGCAGCAGUUCCUGAAGCUCGGGGGCCUGCAGGUCCUCAGGAGCCUGGUACAGGAGAAGAGUGCGAAGGUACUGGCCGUGCGUGUGGUCACCCUGCUCUAUGACCUGGUCACUGAGAAGAUGUUUGCUGAGGAGGAGGCAGAGUUGACCCAGGAUUCAUCCCCAGAGAAGCUGCAGCAGUAUCGCCAGGUGCAGCUCCUGCCAGGCCUGCAGGAACAGGGUUGGUGUGAGAUCACCGCCCAGCUCCUGGCCCUUCCAGAGCAUGAUGCUCGGGAGAAGGUGCUGCAGACACUGGGUGCCCUCCUGACCACCUGCCGGGAUCGCUACCGUCAGGACCUCCAGUUGAGCAGGACACUAGGGCGUCUCCAAGCAGAGUACCAAGCCCUGGCCUCCCUGGAGCUCCAAGAAGGCGAAGAUGAUGGCUACUUCCGGGAACUGCUGGCCUCCAUCAACAGCUUGAUGAAGGAACUAAGAUGAGGCUGCCAUGCCGAGACCAGGACUGGACGGAUGCUGCUAGUGAGAGCUUUGGUGGGCUCUUCAGGGGACAUCAACUACGAGGAGGACUUAACCUGCUGGGGCAUGAGUGUCACCUGGGCAGAGCUUGCUAGGUCAUUAAACAGAGACAUGAUGACAA